ACACCAAUAUAGAGGCCUUCCAUUCACACAUAAGGUGAUACUCUCUUUUUGACGCCCGGAGGAACCAUAAUCACGCUAUGCGAUCUUUUUUCAGGAGACCGUCCUGGGCAAAAAGGGGAAUUGAGGAUUCAGUCCCUGAUUUCUAUCGACGCUCGGAGCACACUUAUGCUGAUAUCAUCGCUGCGACAAAAGAAGCACGGGAAAGAUCGGCAAUUGAAUCUGUCUGUGACGAUCAAAGAGCGGAUGGCAAGACAUCUAAGAACCGUCGAAAUUCAAGUCAAGCCGGUGUAAGAGAGGAUACACCAUCAGACAAGAUCUCCGGAGCAAUAAGCGACCAGAACUCUUCUAUUAGGCCAGAACCUUGCUCCCCCAGCGUAUUACAAGAGGAGAGGCAGCCUAGCUGGCAUCAGGUGCAGCGAAUAAGAUCCAUUCAUGAAAGCGAUACUGUUCAUGAUCAUAACAUCCCUGCGUCAAACUGUGGACCUGUAGCGGACACUCAGUCAAAUAGCCAGGUCAACGAGCAUUGCAAUCAUCCAUCCGAAUUUGCCCCGUGUAUGCGCGAGGGGACGAAUGAUUUUUCUGAUGAUGAGCCUGCCUCUGGAAAAACUCUACGUGAUAAUAACAAAACCGAAUAUAAGGCAACCCGGCGUGACAAGAGCAUUCAAGAUGAUGUGGUCGUCCAAAUACUGAUAACAUCAGCAAUUGAAAACACAAAACCAUUGAUUGUUCAUCGAAAAGCUUCUCAGUCAUUGAGAGAGGUCCGCUUAGCAUGGUGCAAGCGUCAAGGUAUUACUGAAGAAUUGCAAUCGUCUGUAUUUCUGACGUGGAAGGGCCGGCGAUUGUUCGAUGUCACGACAUGUAAAAGCUUGGGCGUCAAUGUUGUGAACAAUUCUGAUGGCUUUCCGGACCUCCAUUACCCAUCAGUUGACGACGGGCCGCGCAUCCAUAUGGAAGCAGUUACACAUGAUUUCUUUAUUUUCAAACAAAGGCAGCAACAACUAUUGCGAGCAUCAUCCACGACCGAAUCUCAAAUUGGGCCAGAUUUUCUCGAUAUUGGGAACGACGAGCGAGAUGUGCUAAUGAAGAUUAUUUUAAGGUGUCCUGAACUCGAUGACUUUGGAACUAAAGUCAGCCAGAAGACUCUAGUAUCCCAAAUCAUCUCUGCUUUUAAGGAUGCACAAAGAAUACCCGCUGAAAAGCAUGUUUAUCUUUUAUUUGAUGGUGAUCUGCUGGAUUCCAAUGCUUGCCUCAUAGAUUAUGACAUUGCAGACCAAGACAUGGUGGAUGUCUUGAUCAGAUAGUACCCUAGUCAUCAUUCAAGAUAUUAGUGACAUAUCAGUGGUGAAUCACGGAAUACAUAGAAUUCCCAAUAACCUCUCAUAGCAGAGCUAGCCCUGAGUAGUAAGGUUUUGAUGCAGUCGCAGGGCCCAGGGAGAGAAAGAAAGAAAAAAAAAAAAAAAAAAAAAAAAAAAAAAAAAAAAAAAAAAAAAAAAAAA